CAGAGACUGCAUGGUGGUUUCAGAAACUGCCUACUUAAUUCGGAAAUAACAAUGGUUGGAAAGGCUAGAUCUUCUAAUUUUACCUUAUCUGAAAAGCUUGAUUUGCUAAAGCUGGUGAAGCCAUAUGUUAAAAUUCUUGAAGAACACACUAAUAAACAUUCAGUAAUAGUGGAAAAGAACAAAUGCUGGGAUAUCAUAGCAGAUAAAUAUAAUGCUGUUGGAGUAGAUCGCCCUCCUCGUACAGCACAAGGCCUGCGUACCCUCUAUAAAAGGCUCAAAGAAUACGCCAAACAAGAGCUCUUGCAGCAAAAGGAGACUCUGUUAGAUCAUAGGAGCAGUAUUUCUGAACCAACCAAGAAAGUUGUGGAAAUGAUUCCCCAGAUUUCCAGUGUGUGCCUAGGAAGAGACAAGAACUAUAUACAAAGUGCAAACGUGGAUAAGGAAGCGCAUGCAGGUACCAGUUUGCCACAGGUGAUGUUGGAUCACCAUCCUGUUGCUAUUACAGUGGAAUUGGACCAAGAAGAAGAUAUUAAACCACCUCCUUCACUAAUUGUAGAUUCUCAACAGAAUGAGACAUUAGAGCAAAGAGAAGAACAUGAACUGGUCCAUGUUAUGGAGAGAGCUUCACCUUCACUUUCCUCUGUUGAUACAAGAAUGACAUUAUCACCAUCUUCUCUUCCAAGAAGAGAUGAAUUUUUUAGACAUGAAAGUGGAGAACAUUUUAGACCAUUAUUUGGAUAUGAUCCACAAACAUUGCAAAUGAUCAAGGAGGAGCAUCAGGUAAUUUUAGAAAAUCAAAGAAAAUUUGGACUCUAUGUUCAAGAAAAAAGGGAUGGAUUAAAGAGAAGGCAGCAGCUUGAGGAAGAGCUUCUAAAAGCAAAAAUCAAAGUGGAGAAACUGAGAGCAAUACGCUUAAGACGGGAUCUUCCUGAAUACAACAGCGUCUAAUUAUUUAUCUUUUCUUGUCUGAAUAAUCUGAAAAUUUCACCUGUGAUUUAUUUAAUUAAAUUGUUUUGACAGAGUCAGUUUCAUAAGGGAAUAUGCAGGAUGAGAAUACAUAUUCCUAAAAUACUAGUUUCCACUGUUAUAUUUAAAAGUUUCUUAUUUCAGAUCUUUUGAUUGAUAUGUCUGUAAUUCACAUUUUAAAAUUUUCUCCUAAAUUUUAUAUGUGAGUAGUUUUAAUGGCUGGUCUUAAAGAUGUUUUUUACUUUUUUCAUUUAAGUUAGUAAAAAUGUUUUAGAAAAAACUUGCACUUCUGGCCUAGAAAUAUUCAAGUUGAUCUUUAAAAGAGGGAAAAUGCCAAUUAGAGAUUUUCUAAUAAUCUUUUAAAAGUGUGAUAAUUUAUUAAAAAUUAGUUACUCUAUAUGACACUGAUUUUCAUAUCUUACUCCCUUUUUAAAAAAUAUUUUUGAUGUCUUUUUACAUUAGUCAUUUUUGAAAUUACUGCUCUUCUCUGCCCUUCCUAAAAGGAAUUCUCCCUUGUAACAAAGGAAAACAGUUAAGCAAAACCACCAGAUUUAAGUGUAUAAUUGACAGCAUAUACAACAUUCUGCCCUAGUAUUACUACCCCUUUGCUGAGAAAGAGGUCACACCUUAAUGAUUUUAAAGAUUAAAUCAUAGAAACAUAGAGUUUUACAGCUUUAAGGGACCUUAUAAGAGAUCAUACCCUCUCAUUUCAUAAAGGAAGAAACUGAGAUGCAGGCAAAUUAAGUGGUUUUGCAAAAGUUACAAACUAGUUAUUGACAUGAUAUAGUAUUAGACUCCAUUUCUGAUUUAGAAUCCAGUCAUCUUUUUAUUAUGCCAUAAAUAUCACCACCCAUUUUAAAUAUUCCAAAUUGUGGUUAGCUUAGAAGAAAAAAAUUAUGUAAAUAUAUGUGUGUAUAUGUACAUAUUAUGUGUACAGAAAAAAAAGAUGUUUCAUUAAAAAAUUCAUUUCAAAGUUGUGGCAAGGGAAUUUUGUAAAUUAUUUUUACUUUGCAUAAAAAUGAAGAAAACUUAUCCACUUUUUGUGUAUUUGGCUUGUAACCUUAAAAUUUGCCUUAAUUUAAUACUUCUCAGUAUUCAGUGGUAUUUCAAUAAAAAUUAGUAUUGAAAAACUAAAA